UAUCUAUUUUAGAAUAAGUAACCGGGUGUAACGAAAUUUUGCGAGAUAAUCGUUUGACUACUAAAUGUUGGUAAAUACCUCUUUAGGGUCGAAAUAAUUAAGAUAUUUCUAAUAUCAUCAUGAAACUUCAAGGUGAGACUCCAAAUGAAUAUAAACUAGAAAAUCCACCCACAGAUUGUGUAUCCUCUGUGAAGUUUGGACCAAAUUCUAACCAGUUUUUGUUGGCUAGUUCCUGGGAUUGUAGUGUCAGACUCUAUGAUGUAAUCAGCAACACCAUGAGACUGAAAUAUAACCAUUCUGGUCCUGUUUUAGAUUGUUGUUUUCAGGAUGCAGUCCAUGCUUGGAGUGGGGGAUUAGAUUGUCAGGUGAAAGUGUUUGAUUUCAAUUCCAGUACAGAAAGCUUGGCAGGUAACCAUGAUGCUCCAGUGCGAUGUGUGGAGUUCUGUCCUGAAGUAAAUAUGAUCAUCACAGGCAGCUGGGACCAGACAGUGAAACUAUGGGAUCCACGGACACCAUGUGGUGCAGGAACCUUUUCUCAGCCAGAUAAGGUAUACACCAUGGCAGUUUGUGGACAGAAACUAAUUGUUGGAACUGCUGGAAGAAGGGUUUUAGUAUGGGAUCUGAGGAACAUGGGCUAUGUCCAACAACGCAGAGAGUCCAGCUUGAAAUAUCAAACCCGCUGCAUUCGCUGUUUUCCUAAUAAACAAGGCUAUGUCCUGAGUUCCAUUGAAGGAAGAGUGGCAGUUGAGUAUCUGGAUCCUAGUCCAGAUGUCCAGAAGAAGAAGUAUGCUUUUAAGUGUCACAGAAUCAAGGAUAGUAGUGGUAUGGAAUACAUUUACCCAGUAAAUGCCAUCAGUUUUCAUAAUGUUUACAACACCUUUGCUACUGGAGGUUCAGAUGGCUAUGUCAACAUUUGGGAUGGUUUCAACAAAAAAAGGUUGUGCCAGUUCCACAGGUAUCCCACCAGCAUAUCUUCACUUUCAUUCAGUACUGAUGGCACUGUCUUGGCCAUUUCAUCCUCUUUUUUGUAUGAACAGGAAGAUGUCAAAGAAAUUCCACCAGAUGCCAUUUACAUCAGGAAUGUAACUGACCAAGAAACUAAACCAAAAUAAAGCUGACAUUUUUCAUUACUUGAAAUUUAUUCAAGUAAUGCACCUCCUGUACCUUGUACAAUGAAUGAAAUUUUUAAACAUUUCAUUCUUUCAUUUUAUAGUCAACAAAAAAAAAAGCAAAUUGCCCAAGAAUUAAAAAAGUUUUAUUUAACAAAAUAUACACAUUAAUACAUUAAGUGUGUUGAAAAUGUUUUAAACAUCAUAAAUCAGAAGCCAUGAAAAAAAAAAUACUAUGUUAUGAAUAUUUCUUUUUUUUAGUAUAAUAAACAUUGAUUUUAAAUGUCUCUCUAUUUUAUUUUGCUGUAAUAGAUAUAGGUAUGUUUAGUUACACACAGGUUUUUAAUAUUCUGUUAGUUUUCUAAGAUAUGUUUUAUUUAAAGAGAUAAGCAGUAUGUGAGAUGAAAAGAAAGUUCUAAAUGGCAUUUCUGAUUGGUGCCUUUGUUGGCACGUGAUCCUUAGUCCUAAUAAAACUCAAACUAAUACUUUUUACUGCUAUAAGGAAAAUAUUUCAAGAAAUUCUUGCAAAUUAAAAUUUCCCUAAAUGUCUUUUCAUCAAUCUUGUCAAAAACUAGUAAAUUUCUGUGUAUAAGUUGUCACCAAAGGCUAACUUGGUGACCUCAUGUGUAUGAAAUUAUUAUUAAAAAAAUAGGUUUCUUCACAAAAUCUUGGCAUCUCAUCAUGGUUGCAUAACAUCCUCCUUUCAGUUUAGUUAUUUAUUAGACCUCUAAUUGAAUACAGUUGCAUGACCACUUCCCCAUGUUCAAUUUUAUGUUUAAGAAGCUAAAAAAAAACAAGGUGUAUAGUCACAAAGUGAGCUUACCAUUUACCAGUCCACAAAUUCACUACAAUCAGCCAAUAAUUACUCCGGAAAAGCUCUAAAUAAUGGUUCAUUAACCAAACAGUUUCUCACCUUAGCUGCCACACCUAACUUUUGAAAUAAAUACAAAUCUACGCGUAUAUUGACAAUGUAAUUUCAUAUGUGAAGUGCCAAUAUGCACAUACAUCAUUAUUUAAUUUUUUAACACUAUACACUUACUGCAUAUUUUCACUUGUUUUUAAGUCACACCAGUUUUUGUGACUCUUUAUAAUGAAGUUUAUGUUGCACUUUUUUCAUCUAUUUUUGGCUAUGAAAUUAAGUUUUUAUUAAAAGUGCAUGGUUCAACAUCGAUCAUGGUCCACAAAGCCUGGGGCCAGUAGAAAUUGCGGUUUUACUUGUUACAACAUAACACCAGCUUAAUUGUGCCAGUUGACUUUUUGAAUUAAAAGUGUACAGUACAGAGUAUGUAUUUAUACAUACAACUGCCAUUUCAUUAACCCCAUAGAAUGAGCUAGCAUCCUUAAAGACUAAGGAAAAAGAAAUAAAAAAUUCCUUUUUCCUUUUAAUGUUCUGCACUCAGGUAAUGAGUUGACACAAACUCUCCCGCUGCACAUCAUAUUUGUACGAUCAGAAUCUGGCCAUAUGCAAUGAUAUGACAGUGAAAAAAAUGUUAUGUUUCUUGUUAGUUUCCCAGACUUGCUGAUAAAACUAGCAGCUUCUUUUUAGUGGGAAUUCAGCAUUUUGUUUACACUAUUAUUCAGGCUCACAAUAAGCAUAGCAGGUGCCUGUCUGCUGUGACUUGAGCAAAUAAUCCACAAGAUGCCUUGAUACAGCACAUGGAAGCUGGACAAAGGGAGCAACCAUUGUUUUUCACUUGUUUUAUUUCUUGACUUAACAUCAGUAUCUCAAAACUAAAAUUGUCCAUUAAAAACACUAGCUCAGUAGCUAAAAGGGCCAAUAGCUAAAACACUAAAUGUAAAACUCUGAAGAUACUUUUUUUGUGGUCUUGUUCAUCCUCAUGCUUUAACUUGAGAUUCAAACACAUCACAAAAGUAGGUUUGAAACAAAAGUCUUUAUGUAAUUGAAUAAUAAACUUAUUAACAGUUUCAAGUUUUUUUAGAUAUUCUUUUAUCUAUUAUACAAGGACAUUGUAAUUACACUUCAAAAUUUCUUUGGUUGAAACAUUUAAAAUCUGCAUAAACAAGAAAUGACAAUAACAUGAGUUUACAUUUUACAAGUUGUUUAGCAAGAUCAUAUCGAAGUGUCUUUUUAGACCUAAUGAAGUGAACAGUAGGUAUAGAAUAGUUAAGCCAUCUACACAACAAGUAUUGUUAAGCAAUGUUAUUGAUUUAAAAAAAAAUGGAUAUGUACAUCAUUUAAAGAACAUUCCAUUAGCCCAGAUUACUUUUUUUUAUCUUGUAUGUUACCAAACUGAGUAGGAAUGAUUUAUAAGUAUUAAGUAGAAAAGUUAUAAAUAAUUAUGCAAUUUCAAGUGGUCAACUUCAGGAAAUGCUUUAGAAUAAACAUUGUGUAGUAAAUAAACUUUAUCUUGAUUAGCCACCACUAAGGAGGGGGACCUAAAUCCUGACCUUUCCUAAGCUUCAAAUUUAUUGCAGAUAUUAAUUCUUAUCAUUGCAGACUUUCUUUCCAGAAACUCUUAAAAACUGUAAAUGAGAACUAUUCUUCUUAUUUGAUGACAAGGAACCCACUUUGAGACUAAUGUACCUGAUGAUGACAAAAACUUGUCAAAAUGUCGUACAUUUGCUGUUAUGUUAAACUUAUAUUAAAGUUUUUUCUUCAUUACCCAUUCAAGCCGUCUUUAUGCAUUAAUAUUCUUAUUUAUUUAAAUAAAAUGUUUUGACCAUUGCUUAUCACUUUCUUUAUCAUAAUGUUUUUCUUUACAUGCUUAUUCAAGUUUAAUCUACCUAUAGCCAGACAAAUGUCAGUGUUCUUGGUCAGAUUAAUUAGGUAUUUGAACACAGGAAACAUAGUUGUAACUGAUUUUAAGUUUAAAAAUUAUAUUUUCUUCACUCUCGUGAAAUCUUUUAAAUAUGAGAUUUCAAUAAUGUCCAGUCAACUUCAGCUCCCAGCCAAAGGCAGAAAUCUUGUACUAAUACAUAGUGUGAAAACAAAAUGGUAAUAAGUCUUAGUGAACAUUUAUAUUCACACAUUUUGCUAUUUAUUUUCUAGUAUGUUUCUAAGACCAAUCAGGAAAAUAGGUUGCAAUGAUGAUGUAUUAAAGACAUUUUACAAGUGAAAUCAGUAACUUACUACAGUUUAUUUAUGAACAGGGUGUCUAUGUGAUUGCUUAACUGGAUGAAAGUCUGGCUCACUUGUGUUCAACCCAUCCUUUCUCUGAAAGGAGAUUGCAUGUGAAUGACAACAGCUAUUCACAAAAAUUGUCUGUAUUACAGAUCUUAAUAAAAAUCACUUUUGUUUUUAUUUA